AUGUCUAUCGUAUUAUCAGCCACGAUCGCUAUUGCUUUCGCUGCAUUUGCCAUACUUUACGCCACCCGUUGGCAUCUGGAGAGAAAGAAUGCGAGACCUCUUCCCCCGGGCCCAAAGGGCCUCCCGAUUAUUGGAAAUGUCAACGAUAUGCCCAAAUCCGGCAUGCUUGAGUGCCACCACUGGCUACGACACAAGGAUGUCUAUGGCCCUCUUAGUUCCGUCACAGUGCUAGGGCAAACUUUCAUCAUCAUUAACGACCCUGAGAUCGCAUUCGAGCUGUUGCGCGAUCGCUCAGCGAUUCAUUCUUCGAGACCCAGCCAGACCUUUAGUGGUGACAUGGUAGGAUGGCGUCAUGCAAUUGCGAUGACCCCGUAUUCCGCAGAAUGGAAAAUUCAGCGUAAGAAUAUCACCAAGAUAGCGAGCACGAACGUUUCCGUGUCCGUGUUUGAUAAAGCGCAAGAGACGGAAGCCGCGCACUUCCUGCUCAACCUUCUAGAGUCACCCGACAAGCUCUUUGAUCAUAUACGAAAAGAGGCUGGCAGUGUCAUUCUCAAGAUCACCUACGGCUACACUGCUGUCGCCAAUGGCAACGACCCUUUCGUUGAUAUGGCCGCCAAGACUAUGGAGCAGUUCGCCGAUGCUACAGUUCCUGGGAAGUGGUCGGUAGACAUCUUUCCAUUCUUGCGGUACUUGCCAGCAUGGCUGCCAGGUACGGGGUUCAAAGACACGGCGAGACGAAUGGCGGCGCAGCUCAGCCAAUGCACGAAUCAACCGUAUGAGUUCGUGAAGAAGCAAAUGAGAGAAAAGAGGCAUUCGCCGUCUUUCUUGUCGCAAUGCAUUGAAGGUCUCGGUUCGGAUGCUGAGAUGGAGUUUAUUCAUAAGUGGACUGCAUUAGCGCUCUACCUGGGCGGUGCUGAUACGACCGUGUCCUCGAUCAUGACCUUCUUCCUUGCUAUGACUGUCUUCCCGGAAGUUCAAAAGAAGGCCCAAGAAGAGCUAGAUCGCGUUAUUGGCGGAGGCCGGCUACCCGUCAGUAAAGACCGCGAAAGUCUUCCUUACAUCGAAGCAAUCAUGAAAGAGACCCACCGCUGGCACCUCGUCGCACCAAUGUGCCUUCCACACUGCAGCACGGAAGAAGACACCUGUCGCGGGUAUCGCAUUCCGAAAGGCUCCAUCCUUCUACCCAAUAAUUGGCACUUCACGCACGACCCUGAAGUCUACCCCGACCCAAUGGUGUUCAGACCAGAGCGUUUCCUCGAAACACCCACUCAUAAGAGUGAGCCUGACCCUAGAAACUUCAUCUUCGGAUAUGGUCGCCGCAUCUGCCCGGGCCGAUACGUGGCGGAUAACGCGCUCUUCAUUACCAUCGCCCAGACUCUCGCAGUGUUUAACAUCACCAAGUUCGUUGAUGGAAAUGGUCGCGUUGUGGAGCCGGAGGUGAAGUUUGAGCCGGGAGCGAUCAGUCACCCUGUGCCAUACCGUUGUUCGAUCAAACCGCGAUCGGAGGAUCAUAAGCGGUUGAUCAAGGCUUCAGAGCAGUUGUUUCCUUGGGAGGAAAGUGACGCCAAAGAGCUGGAAAAUAUAAGCUGGUAA